AAGACCAAGAUCGGACUGGUCGGCUCCUUUUCCCUGCAGUUGUCUGUCUUCUCCUGGUUUCGAAACUUCUUCUUGGAGCAAAAUGAAGAUUGCUUGUGUGCUUCUUCUGGUUGCCUUGAUGGUACACGAGAGCAGCCAGAGGUUGACAGUGUCUGGCAAAACAUUCCGACUCAACAACCAGCAGGUUUUCCUGUCCGGUGGGAACCUACCCUGGAUUAACUACGCCCGGGAUUUCGGCAACCACCAAUGGUCAAAGGUCAAGCCAAAGAUAGAAGAGCAGAUCAGACUGCUUCAUCAGGCUGGUGGAAACACUAUGCGACUGUGGGUGCACAUCCAAGCCGAGUCAAGCCCCAAGUUUUCAAGCAGCGGUUUUGUCACUGCCCCUGACAAUGAUGGAACUUUACUCAACGACAUCAAAGAUCUGCUGGACACCGCGCUGAAGUACGACGUGCUCAUAAUCCCCUGCUUGUGGAACGGAGCCGUCAACCAGGAUAACGCCCACAGGCUGGAAGGGCUUGUUACUAACCAACAAAAGUUGCAGAGCUACAUAGAUAAGGCACUCAAGCCAAUGGUAGCAAAGGUGAAAGGUCACAAGGCACUGGGCGCAUGGGAGAUUAUCAAUGAACCUGAAGGACUGAUGAUUCCGGGCGUGAAAGACAACACGAAAUGUUAUGACACUGUGGCCACCCAAAACGACGGAAUGGGAUGGGCGGCUCACAAAUACAAAUACAAGGAUAUGCUCAGGUUCAUCAACUGGCAAGCUGCCGCCGUGAAAGCUGUAGAUCCAGGAGCAUUGGUCACCAUGGGAGUUUGGAACCCUAAGUCUAACACAGACCACUUCGGCAAGGUUAACCACUACUCCGAUGCAUGCCUCAGAUUGGCUGGAGGGAAACACGCUGGCGUGUUGGACUUCUACCAGUUCCAUUCAUACAGCUGGCAGAACAAAUGGGACAAUGUAUCGCCUUUCGUGAAUUCCGCAUCCGCCUAUGGCCUCAACAAACCAAUCGUCGUGGGAGAAUUCUGGGAAAAAGAGUCGGCUGGCAUGAACAUGAACGAGCUCUUCUCUUACGCCUACAACCAUGGGUACGCCGGAGCCUGGUCCUGGGACCUGAUGACCUACGGCCCUAGCCAGAGAGCGGGAAUGACUCACAUCAAAAAUCUGUCGAACCACGGCAAAGUUCAUAUCGAUCUCUAAUUUAUGUCAGUGCAGAUUGCAACAACUUAAUAUGUCUGGCUUAGUUCACGUGCGCUUCCAUGACCAAGUUUUGAAAGUGAUAAGCUACUCGUUAACACAGCGAAACGUCUUAAGAUUUUCUUUUCCUGUGUUGAACGUAGAGCUUAACUGGACUAACAAGAAAGUAUUUUUUUGAAAUAAAAAAAGGAAGUCUUCCUUCGCAAGCCUCUUA